CGCGCUCACCGUCGAAGGUCGCAGCCCCUCGCUUUUCUCGCCUUUCUCGCCUUUCAUUCUGGCUCGCUAUAUCCUACUUCUAGUCCCUAGCCGACCUACCUCAAACCCUCUGAGAACCAUCUGGCGAACCUAGCACACUUUUCAGCACGCAUAUACCCAGGUCCAAACCUACCGGGAGCGACUUCGCCAACACCUCACAGCCUAGCGCGCAUCUCAGAACAGCAACAGUGACCCAAACCACUCACCUACCUCCGAACAACAGCACCGACAGCAGCACCGACAGCAGCUUCGCAGGAGAUUCGCCUUGGAGCGGCGGCGCUAACGCGCUCACGAAGGGCUCAACUACCGCGCUUCUAUCGCCUAUUUCGCCACCUACGAAUUCUGAGGCCCCGAUGACAGAUUCUGUCGCGACUCCAUCGCUUACACCCGUCCUACCGACGCCACACCCGAACACCAUAAACGCACCUCACCGGACCCGCGCGAGGACGACAUACGCCCAGAAGAGAGCUCGCGCAUCCGUUGCCGGAUCGCCUGCGGCCCGACGAACGUAGCCUUCGGCAGCGGGACGACCGCCACCUGCAUUCGGACACCUCAAAUCGAACACUCCCGCGAGUUCCUUACGGACAGACUCCCGACGCACGAUUCCGUAACCCUCUCGCCCAAGAGCGGAGGCGCUAUUCCGCUAAGUCCCCCCCCCCUUUUCUCUACUCACCCCUUCGCUUCUUCCCCGCGCCUUCGCACGCCUGUAGAUCUUUGACCACCUUUGCAGCACCUGUACGACAUCCCCGCCGCUUCUGCGCCCUCGACUCACCUUAGCGACACCUACGGCCCAUCCAACUACAGUCCUGACUCGUCCGAUGCCGACGCGCUUCCAGCUCGCGCCACCGCGCGAAGACCCGACCCGACCUGCGACCGCUGCGACUCCAUUACCUACAGCACUAGUUACGACCAUUACGACUAAACAUACCGCCAAUAAUCUCACUUCGUUGCCCA